UUAAAAAUCGUAAUCAGAUGUUACUAGACGUUUGUGCCGAGAGUUGAAUGAUAAAGUCCAUGUGUUUUUAAUCGGAAAAUAUAUGAAAUUUGAGAAAAUUAUAACAUCGUAUUUUAUUUAUUAUUUAUUUUGAUUUUUAUUACAGUUUUUAAAUCAAAAUAAACAUGGCUGAAGAGCAAAUAAAUGACCAAGAAGCACUCGGUUAUGAACAUACUUUGAUGUUUGGUCAUUACAAAAAAAAUUUAGAAGAAUAUGCUAGAGCAGAAGCAUUUCGAAUAAAACAUGUUCAAAAAUUAUUAAGAAAAGAAGAAAAAUUAAUUGAAAGAGAAUUAAAACAAUAUAAAAGUAAAUGGCAAAGGAUUUGCAAAGGUUAUUUUUCAAGUUUUUGGCAACAUACAUUUGCCCAUUUAGGAGAAGAUUGGAUAUUCUUAACUUUAUUAGGAGUUAUAUGUUCUAUUCUUAGUUUUACGAUGGAUUAUGGAAUUUCAAUCUGUCAGAAAGCUCGAAUGUGGCUUUAUCGAGAUCUGACUCAACAUCCAAUAUUGCAGUAUCUUGCAUGGAUUGCAUUCCCCAUGACACUUAUACUUUUUGCAUCAGGUUUUGUUCAUCUUGCAGCUCCACAAGCAAUAGGUUCUGGAAUACCAGAAAUGAAAACAAUUUUAAGAGGUGUUGUGUUGAAAGAGUAUUUAACACUUCGUACGCUUGUAUCAAAGAUGGUGGGAUUGACGUGUACUUUGGCAAGUGGUCUUCCAUUAGGGAAAGAAGGUCCAUUUGUACAUAUUGCUAGUAUUGUUGCCACAAUGUUGAGCAAACUAAUUACUUCCUUUAAGGGAAUUUAUGAGAAUUCCAGUCGGCAAAUUUUCGCCAGUGCUAUGGCGCUGCAAUCUUUGGCUAUGUCUUGUGCUACUCAAAUAUUUGGUGUUUUAUUUAGUAUUGAAGUAACAUCUGUGUUUUUUGCUGUAAGAAAUUAUUGGAGGGGCUUUUUUGCUGCUUGUUGUGGUGCAAUGAUUUGGAGAUUAUUAGAUGUCUGGUUAAAAGAGGAAGAAACAAUUAUUGCACUGUAUAAAACAAAUUUUCAAACUGAUUUUCCAUUUGAUCCUCAAGAAUUAAUUGCAUUUGCAUUAGUUGGCAUAAGUUGUGGUUUGGCUGGAGCAGCAUUUGUAUGGCUUCACAGGAAAAUUGUUCUUUUUGUAAGGAGUCGUAAAAAGUUGAACAGGUUUCUUCAGAAAAAUCGUCUGCUGUACCCUACUCUCAUAACAUUAUUUAUAUCAUCAUUAACAUUUCCAUUAGGCUUAGGACAAUUUAUGGCAGCUGAGCUUUCAACACAAGAGGCUGUUAGAGAACUCUUUAGUAAUAUGACAUGGAAAGAUCAUACAGUUGAUGGAAAUGUGGCAUUUAUUGUUAGUCACUGGACCACACAAUACACAAGUUUUUAUGUAAAUCUUGUAAUUUUUAUACUUGUUACUUUUUUAACAACAGCAAUUGCAGCUACAUUACCAGUUCCUUCAGGAGUUUUUAUUCCAGUAUUUAAAAUGGGAGCUGCUUUUGGACGUUUAAUUGGAGAAGGAAUGGUAAUAUUAUUUCCUGAAGGUCUUCAUAUGGCAGGAACACAGAAUAACAUUAUACCUGGAGGUUAUGCUGUUGCUGGUGCAGCAGCUUUCUCUGGAAGUGUCACACACACAAUAUCAACUUCAGUUAUUGUGUUUGAACUAACAGGACAAAUGUCUCAUAUUUUACCUGUAAUUAUAUCGGUUUUAGUCUCAAAUGCUGUUGCCCACAGUUUACAGCCUUCAAUUUAUGACAGUAUCAUUAAAAUGAAAAAUCUUCCGUAUUUGCCUCCAGUUGUUUCUGCAUCUUCUGACAUCCAUAACGUAUAUGUUGACGAUAUCAUGGUAAGGGAUAUUAUAUACAUCUGGAAAGGAGCUACUUUUAGAGAUCUUAAAAAAUUAUUAAGAUCAAGUAGAUUAGAAGUAUUUCCACUUGUUGAAUCUCCAGAAUCUAUGAUUCUUCUUGGAUCUGUUCAUCGUGUUGAAUUAUUAUGGCUAUAUGAAAUGCAUUUUGGAAGACAACGAAGAUUACAGGAAGUUGCAAAAAGACAGCCUCUUGAUGAUUCGUUGAGGAAAAGUCCCAGAGAACAAAGACAGUCUCGUUUUGAAGUUAUUCCUGUUCCUGCCAAUGGUCGAAGAUCACCUAGAGUCUCACCACCACCAUCUCCAACAAUGACUCCAAAAUCACCUAGAAAAUCAAUAUUAAAACAUUCUCCUGUAAAUUCACCAUAUAAUACUAUUACAUCUUUAGAUGCUAGGUUGCGACAAGCUUUUGAUGCCGUUUUCAGAAAAACAUUAACUCUUCAAGAUGUUAAUAGUGGAGAUAAGUCUGACAGUAGUGCACCAACAACUCCAACCUUACCGAAGAGAGUUCAAUUGCCUAAAGAACGUGUAAUUGAUAUGUCUCCUGAAGAGCAAUUGGCAUGGGAAGAAGACCAAAUGAACAGCAUCAUAGAUUUCUCUCAAUGUCAUAUUGAUCCUGCUCCAUUCCAAUUAGUGAAAAGAACAUCAUUAAUAAAGGUACAUGCCAUAUUUUCAAUGCUCGGAUUAAAUCAUGCUUAUGUGACUUCAAUUGGUUGUCUAAUUGGAGUUGUAGCCUUGAAAGAAGUUCGUCAAGCAAUCGAAAACAUACCUGUAAGAAGUUCAACAAGAGCUCAAAAUAGUGUUACUUCUGAAGGAACAACCAAAAGUAGUUCUCAACCUCCUUCAGAGGCACAAUCUGAAAUAGAUAUAAUUGAAGCUAUAGGAAAUGCAAAAGAAGUUGUCGAUAAUCAAACUUCAUCUUUAAAAUAAGAACCAAAGAAAUAAUGAAUAGUCAACAGAGUCAAUUCACAGAAUUAUCAUAUAGUUAAAAAUAUCUUUUAAGUUACAUGAUCUAAUGUAAACAAAAUAAAAUCUUGUUAAUUUAAAGUCAGAUAUUUAAAAAUUAUUUUACACAUGUCACAAUAUAUUGUCCACUAUUAUAUUUUCCUCUUUGUCCAAUCAAUUUUAAUUAAAAAUAGAAUUCAGUAUUGAUGCAUGACAAGACCACCAUCUUAUUAUUCAGAUUCAGGCUUGAAUCCUAUCCAGAUCUGUUAUCAUCAAUUAGUAGUUUUGAUCAGUACAUCAUUCUUUAUCUAUUUAUAUUGUUGACCCUAUUGUUGGUUAAGCCCAUCUAUAAUAGACGAAAUUAAAGAAGAAAAAAUUUGAUAAUUAAAUUACUAGUCACUCAAUAGAGACUAAUGAUUAACAUACUUUUAAAACUUUCAGCAAUUUCUUCAGGUGUAAGAAAUAAAAGGAACAUUUUUUUUUAUUUACUACUAUAAUUGAUUAGGGAUUGAUGCUCUUGAUUAUUUCUAAAUCUUUAACAGAUAAAUCUCAUAGAAUUCUAUCUAGAAAAUAUGGUUCUAAAUCUUUUCUUUUUGACAUAUGUUUGUCCUUAGUUACUUAUAUAUGAGCCAUUGGUUUUGAAAGUGGGGCAAGUCCAUUUUGUGAAAAAAUAGUUAAUACUAAUUCUUAUUACAAAUUAACAUAAAUUUUACGUUUUUAAUCAAUUCACAAUAAAUAUCUUUUAAUAUCAUAUAAAUUACUAACAACAAAUUUUCAAUCAUCAAUGAUAUUUACAGUUAGUUGAUUUUGAAAGUGAGGCAAGUCUGCUCUAAAGAAAAAUAUGAAGAUAUGAUGGAUUUAUUAUCAUUAAUACUUUAAGAAUCUGCACCAUCUAAACUAAGAAAUAUAAUUAUAUGCUUGCAACUUAUUAUUAUUAAAUAUUUAUUAUUAUUUUCUCCACUUUUUCCUAUAAAAUUAAUUUAUUUUUUGUUUCAUUGUAGCUUUUCGAAAAAAGUAUGAAAUGUUAAAUAAAAUAAAUAAGUAAAUAAAUAAAAUAUAGUUAUAAUAAUAAAAAAUUAAAUAUUUAUUUUGAAUGGAAUAUAUCCAUUAAAAGAAAAGCAAUGUUUUCAACAAAUCAUUGCUUUUGAAAGUGUGGCAAGUCCAUUGGCGCAUACCAAAACCAUGAUUUUUUCACCUAACGUGGAUAACCAUUAUUGCAUAUUAAAUUUACAUGAAAUAAAACCAUACAAAUAUAAAAUGUGUGUAUUACUGCUUGCAAAUAUUUUUAAACUCAUUCAAAUGCAAACCAUUAAGUAUCCAGCAAUAUCAUAAAAUAGACUUGCUCCACUUUCAAAAUCAACAGCUCAUAUUAUACUUUUAUCCACUUUGGACUUUCUUGUGAACUAAGAUUUGUUAAACCAAGGGAAUUGAAUCACACAAUUUCAAAUUAAAACACUUUUAAUGUAACAUAACCCUGUUCUGACAUCAAGAUUAUGUUACAUUGAAUUUUCUUGGUGUAACAAGUCUUAGUUGCAAGAAAGUUAUAUAUUCUAAAUCUACUUCUUCUUUAGAGUGAAUAUGAUUUGCUAAAGGAAAAAAAUGCAUCAAAUAUUUUCAUACAUUUUCAUUCCAUUUUAUAAGAAAUGACUCAGAAUUUAUUAAGUACAAAAUGUUAGGUUUCUAAUUGGAUUCUGAUUUUUAUUAUUAUUAUUAAAAUCUGUUUAUAAAUAUUUAAAAUCAUUUGUACUCUUUUAUUUUAACUAAAAUAUAUUUUAUAAAAAUUUACUAUAAAUAUAUGUUAGGCUUUCAUUUCUUUUCCUGUUCAUCAAUAGCUUCAUAAUUUCUCAUUGUAUUGUUAAUCACAAGAAGUUCUCUUAAAAUUCAGGAUUAUCAAUAUUUAUAGUAAUUCUAGAAUGACUCAAAAACUGACUUAAAUUUUAUACUAUAAAGGCUAAAAAAGUAUAAAACAUAUUCUGAUGCUAAUUAACAAGAUUUUAUCUUAUAGAAUUAAACUUAAUAUAAUUAUAAGUUACAUGACCAUUGCAGCUACUUUUGAAUGAAAAUUUACAUAUUAGUCAGUCAUUGUGGCUUCUGUAAAUAUUAACAGUAAAUAUUGCUAUAACAAGUUAGAUGUUAUUGAGAAUUUUAUAAAUUCCAUUUGUUAUGAUUUAUAUUAUAUAUGUAUACAGAAAACCUGUCUAAAACAGAACCUGCUUAAAUGAAAAAUUUUUUUUGGAGGAUUAUUAGUAUGAAGAGUGUAGCAACCUGCUUAAAUGAAAAAUUUUUUGGAGGAUUAUGAGUAUGAAGAGUGUAGCUUAACCUGGUCAAAGCAGAAAAUUCAAAUUCUGCUAUUGUAAACAAAUAAGGGAAAUUGCCUCUGGGUGACAAACUAUAUUCCAAAAGUAAGUGUGAACCUUGUAAGGUAACACAGUACUAUCAAUUUGCCUUGUUUGGAUUAAUUGGUAACUUUAACUAGUACUGAGUAUUGAAACACAAGUUGAUCAAUCUUGUAAUUACCAACACUCUAAUUAAACUCCCUCAAGAAGCCAGAUCACAGAAUAACUUGGUCUUUGUAUUACUGUAAUUUGAUUAGAAUUUCUGAUGGUAGAGUGAUACAGUUAGUGAACAAGCCAAUUUGACAACCAAUGUCUUAAGAGCUCAUAAGGAUUGCAUCUGCAAAGUGUUCAAAUACCCAGCACAAGUUUGCUGCAACAACAAGAACUUUUUUCAGUUGAAUAGGUCUCAAUUCUUGCAUUCAAAUACUCCUAUUUUUAGUUGGAAGCUCUUUGAAUUAAACCUAAUAAUAAUAAUAAUAUAAUCACUUCAAUGUAUGUAAAAAAGUUAUUAAAUGUCACAGAAUUACAUUCAUUUUUCAUCUGGUAUAAUUUAAAGAUUUAAAAAAAAAACAAAACAAAAUACUAAAGACUAUUCAAAAUGGAAAAAAUAAUUCAAUACAGUGUAUGAUUCUGGUUUACACAGGUUUUACUGUAUACAUAAUACAAAAUUAUACCAUAUUACAAUAUGAAAGUGAAGUAAGUACUACGUAGAAAUUAGUGAAUAACUCUUCUCAAUCAUUCCAUUUAAUCUCAAAAAUUAUGAUUAAAACCAUGUAUCAAAUAUAUAAUACUUUGAAAUUACCUUUUCUUUCCAAAUACAAAUAUUUGGAAAGCUCCCAUAAUUCAAUUUGCUUUUUUCAGAAAGAAAACAUUUUUUAAAAAUUAUUGCCUUAAAGCUUUCACAGCUUUUUUUCACUUUCCAGUGCAUAUAAACAGUUAUUAAGUGCGCAAUAGUACUGAGGCUAAAUAAACUUUUGAAAAUCUCUUUAAGAGCAAGGCAAGUACUUAAAACCUGAAGAUGCUUUUUCAGUUAUAUUUAAGUUGAGGUAUGCCUGUAUGUGGCUAUUGUCAGGAGUCGAGAAGAGAAAUGAAGA